CUCACCGAAUUGGAAACCAGAGCACCAGCGGAGAUAGCAGGCAUUUCACUCCCCGCCUCAGGCUAACUCGCUCUCGGCUUUGGUUCGCGAUGGAAACUCGCUCAGCUACGCGGAGCUGUCGGCGCUCCAGUGCGCGCAACUUCAAGAGCGGCCUCUCCCUGUGGCUGGUGGUCUGGCUGGUUCUGGUGAAGCCCGGUCCGGUUCGAGGCUGCCCCCGCCUGUGUGUGUGCUACCCGUCGCCUAUGACUGUCAGCUGCCAGUCGCAGAACUUCACCUCGGUGCCGGCCGGCGUGCCCUAUGACUCCCAGCGUGUCUUCCUGCAGAACAACCAGAUCACCGAGCUGCGCGUCGACUCCUUCGGCUUCGAGACACAGGUGCUGUGGCUGUACUCUAACAACAUCACCUGGAUCGAGGCCGGAGCGUUCAGCGAGCUGAGGGAGCUGGAGGAGCUGGACCUGGGGGACAACCCGAACCUGCAGCGGCUGGAGGGGGGCGCGUUCCGGGGGCUGGAGAAGCUGCAGAGUCUGCACAUGCACCGCUGCCGUCUGGCAGUCCUGCCCCACGACAUCUUCCGCAAGCUCUACAGCCUGCAGUUCCUUUACCUGCAGGAGAACCAGCUGCACUUCCUGCAGGACGACCUCUUCUCCGACCUGGUCAACCUCAGCCAGCUCUUUCUCCACGGCAACCGCAUCCGCACGCUGUCCGAGAAUGUGUUCCGGGGCCUGGUCAACCUGGACCGGCUGCUGCUCCACGACAACCGCAUCCGACAGGUCAACCGCAAGGCCUUCCGUGACCUGGGUCGGCUCACCAUGCUCUUCCUCUUCAACAACUCGCUGGCGGAGCUGCCGGGCCAGGCGCUGCGCGAUGCCGGUGCCAUCGAGUUCCUGCGGCUCAACGGGAACCCCUGGUCCUGCGGCUGCGAGGCCCGGCCACUCUGGGAGUUCUUCCGCAAGUCGCGUGUGUCCAGCUCCGAGCUGCUGUGCUCCUCGCCCACGCCCCGCCGCGGCCUGGACCUCCGCUUCCUUCGUGAGAUGGACUUCGCGCUAUGCCCGCUGCCCGAUCCCGGCUCACUGGCUGGCACCACCACCACCACCUUCAGCACCAAGACCCGCUGGUGGUUCUCCAAGCACAAGCCCGUGUCCAGCUCCAAGGCCGUCUUCUCCAAGAACUCCGAGACCAUCAAGGCCUUCCCCUUCUCCGCCGGCAAGCCGCUCAACCCCUCCACCUCCUCCACCUCCUUCUCCUCCAAGUACGAGAUUGGGGAGGAGGAGGCGGCCCUGCCCAAGCUGGAUGCCGAAGAGUAUUGGGCCAACUACGGAAACGAGGACGCCGCCACCUCCCUGCGCUGCUUCGAACUGGAGUGCCCUCCCGGCUUCGACUCGCCAGGCCUGCCACCUUCCUCCUCCUCCUCUUCCUCCUGCUCCCUGCUCUCGCUCAUCUCCCUCUCCGUCCUCUUCCUCUCCAUCCACCUCCUCUUCGGCUGAGUCUGUCCCUCGGCCAAACCCCCCCGCUCCUCAGGAGGAACCCUCGUUUCUCCGAACUCUACCC